UCGGAAACUCUUCAAAGUAAAAGACAGAAGAAGAAGAAGGAUAAGGAAGUGAGUUCGUGUUGUGUCCGAAACUCGUGUUGAACUGUUAUUCUGCAUCACUAGUUGAAUUAAGUACCCUUGUAUUCAAGAAUUACGCGAAAACGUGGAAAUGGACGAAGCACUUAUUCGAGCCAAGAUUCCUCAGGAUCUGGAGAAGGUUCUUGGUGUUGAGUCUCAGGGCAGAUAUAAAGCAGAGGCUUUCACCCAGUCAUUCCUGAGGAAAAGCAUGCAGAAUCCCACACCACAAGAUCUGCAGAGAAUGUUGAGUCGCAAGGCUGUGAUCCUGGGCUACAAAAGGCACAAGAAGGACAAGUCCAAAAAGAACAACAAGAAAGCCAAAGGACUGAACGCUCGGCAGAAGAGGACGAUGAAGAUCUUCCAGAUCAAACCUGAGCACCAGAGAUAUGAGCUUUUCCUGCCUCUGCAUCAACUCUGGAGACAGUACAUCAUUGACCUAUGCAGUGGAUUGAAACCAGAAAGCAAUCCCCAGUUUGUGCAACAGAAGCUUCUGAAGGCAGACUUCCAUGGUGCCAUCAUCACAGUGGUCCGUUCAAAAUGCCCAUCAUAUGUAGGGACUACAGGGAUCCUAGUCCAAGAGUUCAAACAUGUCUUCAAGAUCAUCACCAGAGAAGACAGACUGAAAGUGAUCCCUAAGAGGAACAGUGUGUUUGCAGUGGAGAUCAACGGCUUCAUCUCCCACAUCUAUGGAAGCAAGUUUGAGCAGCGAGCCAGUGAACGAUCCGCCAAGAAGUUUAAAGUCAGAGGAACCAUCGACUUGUGAGAUAUCUCUAUAGGAUGCAGGGUACCACAAGAGAGACUUUAUAAACUCAGACUUCUACUGCCCUCUAUGGGCAGUCGGAAUGAACUGUAACAACAAUGACCAGUGUGUCAUUUACUGUUUAUUGCACCGUAUAACAUCAUCUGAAAUCUUUUUUUUUUUUACAUUUUAUUUAUGUUAUGUUUUUCCUUAACUGCUCAUCUGAACUUAGUUGUGGGGGGCUGGAGCCAAUCCCAACUGACACUGGGUGAGAGACCUGGACAGGUCACAGGACAGACACAUGGAGACAGACAGCCAUUCACGCUCUCAUUCACUCCUAUGGGCAAGUCACCAGUUAAACCUAAGCUGCAUAUUUUUGGACAGUGGGAGGAAGCCUGAGAACCUGGAGAGAACCCACACUGACACGUGGAGAACAUGCAAACUCCACAAAGAAGAGCUGCAGGCCGGAUUGUUAUGUUAUUUCAUCAUUUUGCACACUCUGGGUCAGUUUACUGGUCAUUGGUAAUACUGCUACUACUACUAGUACUACUUGAAACAAAUCCUAAAGGUUCUGGUUCAAACCCUGAAGAUAAAUUAUUGAUAUGAUGAUAUAAAUGUAAGAUUUUCUGCAGGCUAUUACUGAAACUGACAUGAUGUUGGAGUUGUGAGAAGUACAGAAACGCUCACAAAAGUACAAACAACAGCUGCAGAGAGACACUUUAAACAGACAAGAUUAAUUUUGGUUUGUGGUCAUAUUUAUCGUUGUUUAGCUAAUAUUUGACCAGGUGUUUCUGGAUUAAUACGCAUGCUUUUUGAUCAUUUUAAAUUGUCGAGACAGAAAUAGGCAUAGGAAAACAUGCUAAUUUUCUUUAAGGAAGUACCACCAAAACAUUGUUGUCAGCUCUUAAAUGACCCAGCCCUGUUCAUUAAAUCUUGAAGUGUGUGUAGUAUGCUCUGACAGCAAUAAACCAGCAACAGUCUUAAGAUCUCUA